AUGAUAAUAAAGAAUAUAAUUCUUCUGAUAAUGAAGAACUAGAUAUGAGAUUCGAAUGGAAAGAUGAAUAUUUUAAUAAAGAACGUUUAUUAGUUAAUAAUAUGAAAAAUUUAAAAUCAACUAAGCAUUCACUUACAUAUUAUGAAAAUUCU